UCUGGCUUUAUUACUACGUGCGCAAAUUGCGUAACUGUUCCAGUGAUUGUGGACCGAUGCGCGCAUGCUCGUUGUCAGGGGGAGUGAGAGGAGCAUGAAUGGAGCAAAAUGGCGGAUCAUGUGCAGAGCCUAGCCCAGCUAGAGAUCCUGUGCAAGCAGCUAUACGAGACCACAGACACCACCACGCGUCUGCAGGCGGAGAAAGCUCUGGUGGAGUUCACCAACAGUCCGGACUGCCUGAGUAAAUGCCAGCUGUUGUUGGAGAGAGGAAGUUCCUCGUACUCGCAGUUGUUGGCUGCAACGUGUCUCUCCAAGUUGGUAUCGCGUACAAGCAAUCCACUUCCCCUGGAGCAACGCAUUGACAUUCGAAAUUAUGUUCUUAAUUAUCUGGCAACCCGGCCAAAGCUUGCUGCCUUUGUGACACAAGCCCUGAUCCAGCUCUAUGCCAGAAUUACCAAGCUUGGCUGGUUCGACUGCCAAAAGGAAGAUUACAUCUUCAGGAAUGUCAUCGUCGAUGUGACAAGAUUCCUGCAAGAUAGUGUUGAACAUUGCAUCAUAGGAGUCACAAUUCUUUCCCAGUUAACCAAUGAGGUUAACCAAGCAGAUUCAACACAUCCGCUUACAAAACACAGGAAGAUUGCCUCGUCAUUUCGAGAUUCCUCUUUGUUUGACAUCUUCACCCUUUCCUGCAACCUCCUCAAGCAGGCAUCUGGGAAGAACUUGAAUCUAAAUGAUGAGAGCCAGCAUGGGCUGCUCAUGCAGCUACUUAAACUGGCCCACAAUUGCCUCAACUUUGAUUUCAUCGGUACAUCCACCGAUGAGUCCUCAGACGAUCUGUGCACUGUCCAGAUCCCCACCAGCUGGAGAUCAGCCUUUUUGGAUUCCUCAACAUUGCAGCUGUUUUUUGAUUUGUAUCAUUCCAUCCCUCCCUCACUGUCUCCCUUGGUUUUGUCUUGUCUAGUCCAAAUAGCAUCUGUCAGGAGGUCUCUCUUCAACAAUGCAGAGAGAGCAAAGUUCCUCUCCCAUUUAGUUGAUGGUGUGAAGAGAAUAUUGGAGAACCCUCAAAGUUUGUCGGACCCAAACAACUACCAUGAGUUCUGCCGCCUGCUGGCUCGACUCAAGAGUAACUAUCAGCUGGGAGAGCUUGUUAAAGUAGAGAACUACCCCGAGGUCAUAAGAUUGAUCGCUAACUUCACCGUAACUAGUCUGCAGCACUGGGAGUUUGCCCCCAACAGUGUGCACUAUCUUCUGAGUUUGUGGCAACGACUGGCAGCCUCUGUCCCCUAUGUGAAGGCCACAGAGCCCCACAUGCUAGAGACCUACACCCCCGAGGUGACCAAGGCCUACAUCACAUCUCGCCUAGAGUCCGUGCACAUCAUUUUGAGGGAUGGUCUUGAAGACCCCUUGGAUGAUGCAGGCUUAGUGCAACAACAGUUGGAUCAGCUUUCCACUAUCGGGCGAUGCGAGUAUGAGAAGACUUGUGCCCUCCUGGUCCAGCUCUUCGAUCAGUCCGCUCAGUCCUACCAGGAGCUGCUGCAGUCCACCAACUCCAGCACGAUGGACAUAGCAGUGCAGGAGGGUCGUUUGACAUGGCUGGUGUACAUCAUUGGUGCAGUAAUUGGAGGAAGAGUGUCCUUCGCCAGCACAGAUGAGCAGGAUGCCAUGGAUGGAGAGCUUGUGUGUCGAGUCUUGCAGUUGAUGAACCUCACCGAUUCGCGACUGGCCCAAGCAGGAAAUGAGAAGCUCGAUUUAGCCAUGCUCAGUUUCUUUGAACAGUUCCGCAAAAUCUACAUCGGUGACCAGGUGCAAAAAUCAUCAAAGUUGUAUCGCAGACUAUCUGAGGUUCUUGGCCUAAAUGAUGAGACCAUGGUACUCAGUGUUUUCAUUGGAAAAAUAAUCACCAACCUGAAGUACUGGGGACAGUGUGAACCAAUCACAUCUAAGACACUACAGCUUCUCAACGACCUCUCUAUUGGAUACAGCAGUGUUAGAAAACUUGUAAAACUCAGUGCUGUCCAGUUCAUGCUAAACAACCAUACAAGUGAGCACUUUUCUUUCCUGGGCGUGAACAAUCAGGCCAACCUCAGUGACAUGAGGUGUCGGACCACUUUCUACACAGCCCUGGGAAGACUUCUUAUGGUUGAUUUGGGAGAGGACGAGGACCAGUUUGAGCAGUUCAUGCUUCCUCUCACUGCAGCAUUUGAGGCCAUUGCUCAGAUGUUCAGCACCAACACCUUCAAUGAACAAGAAGCAAAAAGGACUUUAGUAGGACUGGUGAGAGAUCUGAGGGGAAUUGCCUUUGCCUUCAAUGCCAAGACCAGCUUUAUGAUGCUAUUUGACUGGAUUUACCCAUCUUAUAUUCCCAUCUUACAGAGGGCAAUAGAGCUCUGGUACCAUAUACCUGCCUGCACCACACCGGUCCUCAAACUCAUGGCUGAGCUCGUCCACAACAGGUCGCAGAGAUUACAAUUUGAUGUGUCAUCACCAAACGGCAUCCUGCUGUUUAGGGAGACGAGCAAGAUGAUAACAACAUAUGGGAAUCGGAUCCUGACGCUAGGUGAGGUGCCAAAAGAUCAGGUGUAUGCUUUGAAACUGAAGGGAAUCUCCAUAUGUUUCUCCAUGCUGAAAGCCGUACUAAGCGGCAACUAUGUCAACUUUGGCGUCUUCCGACUGUACGGCGAUGAUGCUCUGGACAACUCUCUGCAGACAUUUAUUAAGCUGCUUUUGUCCAUCCCUCACAGUGACCUGCUGGACUAUCCAAAGCUUAGUCAGUCUUACUACUCUCUUCUGGAGGUGCUAACCCAAGACCAUAUGAACUUUAUUGCCAGUCUGGAGCCUCAUGUGGUCAUGUAUAUCCUGUCCUCUAUAUCAGAGGGCCUCACAGCACUUGACACAAUGGUUUGCACUGGUUGCUGCUCCAGCCUGGACCACAUAGUAACUUAUCUAUUUAAGCAGCUGUCACGCAGCACUAAGAAAAGAGCAGCACCCAUGGUCCAGGAGAGCGAUCGCUUCCUUCACAUAAUGCAGCAGCACCCUGAGAUGAUUCAACAGAUGCUGUCCACAGUGCUGAAUAUCAUCAUUUUUGAAGAUUGUAGGAAUCAGUGGUCAAUGUCACGGCCAUUGCUUGGCUUAAUUCUACUCAAUGAGAAGUAUUUUGCAGACUUGAGGAACAGCAUUGUGAACAGCCAGCCACCAGAAAAGCAGCAAGCCAUGCACUUAUGCUUUGAAAAUCUCAUGGAAGGCAUAGAGCGCAACUUACUCACAAAAAACAGAGACAGGUUUACACAGAAUCUUUCAGUAUUUAGAAGAGAAGUCAAUGACUCCAUGAAGAAUUCCACGUAUGGGGUAAACAGCAACGAUAUGAUGAGCUGACAUUCCAUAGAGCAGCAGGCCCUGCCCAUGUGGCCCGGCCCCACCCUGUACUCCCACCCUCCCUUGGCCCGGAUGCUGGGGGACCACCACUGCGCAAGCCUGCACCUCCCGCUUCCCAGUCCCUAAAUAACCCCCACCACAAACUCUCUCCCCUCACACCUUUCCUUUUCCUCUCCCUCCCAUCCCCUUUUUAUAUAUACACAUAUAAAUAUAUACAUAUUUUAAAGCCAGUUUCUAGCGGUCAUUCUCCUUGACCAUUCUCUUGUCAUUUGGGGCUCAAAGUCCAAAGAGAGAGAGAGAGAGAGAGAGAGAGAGAGAGGGUAACGAUGGGGAAUGGUAGGGAAUGGGUUUGGGAUGGUACCAGUGUGGACUCAAGUGGGCGGAGCACGUCCGACCCGCUCAGAGGGAUGAGGGGAUGUGGGCGUAGUGUGUGUGUGUGUGUGUGCGCGUGUGUUUGCGUGAGUGUGUUUGAGAGCAUGUCCGUGGGACGAAGGGUUUCGGAUGAGCUGGUAUACAUAGUGCUCUGCUUUUGCCUGCCUUGUAUAGAAACACAUAUGGAAAAAAAAAAGUGUAAAUUUUUUUCAUAACAUUUUCAACAAUGUUUAUAAUGAUUACAAUUUAAGACAAAUAAUGAGUGUGAUUGAAAACUUUUUACAGUUUAGUAAGUUAGUGCAACUGUGCUGAAGUGUGGGUUUGUCUGUUUGGAAAGAAUCAUUUAUAUCUGGGUGACGUGGGAUUGUGGCAUGAGUGGUGGGAUUGACGGGUGGGCGGGGCAGGGUGGGGUCACAGGUGGAUCACAUGUUGUACAUUUUCUUUCAUUUGAACCUAUAGAUCAAAAAUAGGAGCACAGAGGAUUUUGUAAAUACACUAUACCCCUCAGAUUUUCUUGAGCAGCAACGUCUACAAGGGGUUCAAAGGGAUUCCAGUGGCCUUGUUUAAAGGAAUGAUCUAGGUUCAAUAAAAGUAAAGUGCAAUCGACAGAAUUUGUGGCAUAAUGUUGAUUAUCACAAGAAAAUAUUGUAGAUUUGCCCCUUGUUAUUGAAAUAAAAGCAGUUUCAAUGAGGCACUUAAAAUGGAUGUGAAUGGGGCCAGUGUAGAAACGCUUAAAUACACACCGUUUCAAAUGUAUAGCCACAAGAUGUAAACAUUAUUUAUGUUAAAGUGAUUUUAGCAUGAUAAAAUCACUUACUAACCUUAUCUGUAUAAAGUUAUACCCAAUACCAGGAUUACAGGGUUUUGUUGUCAUGACAACGAAGUUGUAAUAUUGGAUAUAACUUUACACAGAUAAGGUCUUAUCACACCAUAAUUACAAAAACAUGUAUAAUGUUUGCCUCUUGUGGCUAUACUUUUCAAACGGUGUGUAUUUUAGCGUUUCUCAACUGGCCCCAUACACUUUCAUUGUAAGUGCUACACUGUAACCGCAUUUGUUGCUUUUUGAAACAAAGGAGGGAAAUCAACUCUAUGCCACAAAUGCUGUUAAUUGAGCUCAACUUGUAUUUAACCAAGAACAUUCCUUUUAAUAACCUUUGGAAUAUUGAAGUCAAUCAUUAAACAACUUGCCCUCUUUGGGCCGUCGUGACAUCCCCCAGCCUGCAUCGAGAUCGCUUGUAGAUUUUCUCAUCUCUGACCUGGGAACAGUCCUAAAACAACAGCCUCAGCCUUAACUGUUGUCUAUUUGGCCUCGCCCUGGUGUAUAAUUAAUUCCGAGACCUCCGUUAAAGGAGAAUACACGCUAAACUGAUCCCUACCCCUUUGUCUCGGAAGGGAUUGACUAUGUCUUUUGUGGAUUUGAUUAGAUAAAGUGACUUAUGGUUGUGGUAACGUUGCUCGCUCCAAGCUUUCGUCAACUGCUUUUCCUGUUUUGUUUUUUUUUUACAUCACAGGCUUCCGGUCUCUUGUGGCUUUAUUGUUGAUCUGGUGUUCUUCAGUAGUGAAGCCUCUAGAAUGUUGCCGUGUCCUUAAAAAAAAAAUAAAAACCCUGGUACUUCAGUCAUCACAACAGAAGCGGAUCACUCUCCACAGUUGUCUCUAGCUUUAACUUCUACCACUUUUUUUCCGUUUAUGUACCCCCUCCCUCAGAAGGAUUUGUUUUAUUUUUAAUAACAGAAAAAGUAAUGCAUCAGAAUAAUACAGAAACCCAAAUGGAAUAUAUUAGCAACUUGUGCUACUCAACAGAUGUUGCUGCUAACUGUUUGUAAAGAUCUAGCUCAUCCCUUAACCAAGUCCUAUACUCAUGGAUGGUCAUUUGAGUUCUUUUCUUUCUCUUGGUUCUGAUGUGAAUGAGGUUUUUUUUUUUUUUGGCGAAUGUGUGUUGGGUCCAUUGAGUGGUAAGGUAACAGGUUGAAUUGUUUGUUUGGAUGUCUGCUACAUAUAGUGUAAGCAUUGUGACUGCAAAAUAAACAUCAUUGGUUUGUACUA